AUGCGGGGACUGGUGGCGCUGCUGGCAGCGCUGAGCUGCGCGCCCCCGGCGGGGCAGGCGGCGGGGCCCGGCGGGUUCCUCAGCUCCAACGCCAUCAAGGGACCCCCCUCGGGUGGAGCGGCCGAGGCCAGCGCCGCCCCCGUUGCCCCUUUCGACGGCAGUAACAAGCCACCUCCCGCUGCCACCCGGCAGCCUUUCCCCUGCGCCGAAGACGAAGACUGUGGCCCCGAGGAGUUUUGCGGAGGAGUGGCCCGUGGCGGGGGGACCCCGCUCUGCCUCGCCUGCCGGAGACGCCGCAAGCGCUGCCUGCGCGAUGCCAUGUGUUGCCCCGGCAUGACCUGCAGCAACGGGCUCUGUACUGCCCCGGAGCCUCCCCAUGGAGCUGCCGAGUUGGACGAGUUCAGCACUGAGGCUCUGCCCCGACGGACACCCGCUCCUUCCUGGCUCCCUACUGCCAAAGGUGAGGAGGGGGACUUCUGCCUGCGUUCCUCGGACUGUGUGGCCGGGCUAUGCUGCGCCCGUCACUUUUGGUCCAAAAUCUGCAAGCCGGUGCUGCGGGAAGGGCAGGUGUGUACCCGACACCGGCGGAAAGGCACUCACGGCCUGGAGAUCUUCCAGCGGUGCCAGUGUGCCGAGGGGCUGUCAUGCCGCCUCCAGCGAGAGCAGGGCCCUGCAGAUUCCUCCCGCCUGCACACCUGCCAGCGGCACUGAGCAUCACCAACCAAUGGACAGGACGGACAGACUCCGGCCCCGCCGGAGCUGAAGGUUGUUUCUCAAGGGAACUACUUUUAAAGCGACUAAUUGCAGUACGUUACUGUGUUGUGAAUACUCAAG